UGGCAACAGCGGAACUGCACCAGCCGCCGCCUGUCAUGUUUGUCUAAUGUUUUAUGGGUCUAAUGAACAGAUGCUCAGUGAUUGACCUUAGUACCUUAGUUUAUGGUCUUAAACGCUUUCUAAUGGUUAUCAUGGCUUCAAUUGCAUUUUAAUCAUCUUCAAAUAAAUAACUAGAAACUAAUUAACUAAUGGACAAUCAGUAUAAAGACGCAUCCAUUCAGUGUGACAAGUAAAAUCGCCAUUCCUGAGCGAUUGUAGCAUGGAAUUGGACUUUCUGAAGCUUUCCAGAGACAACACAAAGUUGCUGCUAUUAAUGGACUACGAUAGCGGUUACGUGGAUGGAGUGGAAAGCUACAGCACCUCACCCAGCAAGUGUAACUUACAACCAAUGGAAUCAAACGUGCCCGCUCCGACUGUGCAAAAUUUCCUACUAAGUGAAGAUGCACUUUUGGAGAUGCCCGAAUUUUGCAACAGCUUAGGUCGGAAUUUGCCUUGUGCUCUCAGCAUCGAAAACAUUGAGGACAAAACCAACCUGUUUCCAUCCCCACAGAGAGUGAACUGCUCAGUUGAAAGCCAAAGUAAUUCAACUGUGUACAGCGAGUUGGAGGGUCAGACUACCUCAAACGAAUCGGAGGAAAUUCCCAUUGAACCUGCAAUUGUAGUGAGGAGAGAUUCAUUCAAUGACUCCGGAGAGGGUGAGGACAGUGAUAGGUCUGUGUUUCUGCCACCUCCAGCUGAAAGCUAUCCAGUGAGUACGUCCGGCGAAUCAUCCCAGUCGAGCAAGAGACUCACGUUGAUUUUCUCCAAAGCAGACAGAAAGUGCUACUCAGUAAAACGAAAGUACUCGAGCAUGACUCCAGAUAAAAAACCUCAACCUUUAGAUCCGGGCAUCAGUCCUGAUCUUUUCGAAGAUAACACUGAGGAACUACCUAAAUACUUAGAGCCUCAAGUGCAAAAGCGGUUGAUUGAAGAGCCUCCAACUGAAACCCUUGCUAGCAAACUCGACCAGAAGCUGUUAAAGAGAAUAACGAAAGGAAUGAGUGGAGUGUUACCACCGCCAAGUGUUACAGUAAUUCACUUAUCUGUGACCGAUAUGCUGACGAAAUUGAAACAGAAUCAGAGCUAUCACUUCUGGAAUGCCGAAGCUAAACAGGACCAACCUAGCACGUCGCUGGAUGCCAGCACUGAGGCCAAUAAAUCCCUGCUUCUGAGCACUGAUUUGGAAACAGCCAGAAGCAAUGAAUGGCCCAAAAUUUUACACGUCAGAUGCCAUGGUUUGCAUUACAACUGCGGCAAGACCUCAGAAGACAUUGUGGACCUUUGCGAUAAGUAUCAAAAGCGCCACGUGAGCGCUGAGACUCAAUCCACCUGCACAGUGUUUGAAACACAGACGACGAGCAGCCCUUCAAAGAGGAGACUGACGCGCUCCAAAUGGGGCGCCAAAUCGCCCGGCCGAAGGCUCAGCCACUUGGCAAGACGACGCAUCACCUUCUCAAGUGCUAACCUGCAAGCCGGAGGCUCAUUAGUUGGAUUUAGAGCUAGACAGAUCCUGGUGGACGCCAAAAAAAUGGACCUGCUGAGUCGACGGAAAAGUCCACGGAAAACCCCCAGAAAAACACCCAGCAAGAGCCCCAAAUUGAAAACUAGAACGCCAUCGAGUUCGGCCAAGAAGAAGUUGGCACUUCGAUUCAGAAAACUGACUGGAGAAAUUGAAAAGUCGGCAACCAGCACCGGGAAACUCCCUGGUGUACAAAGAACCCUAUUCCGCAGCCCUGACAAAACAACGAGAAGCGAAUCCAGCCAAGGCAGCUCGGACAGAGCCAAGCGGUCGCUGUUCCAAAGUCCCAAUCGUGAUAAAAAUUCUAGUCUGUUGGUUGUCUCGGGCGGCUCCCAUGAAAAACCCCAACUAAGACGCGCCCUGUUUGCCUCGCCCCUGAAAGGGGCGAAAUCGCCGUUGAAGUUCAGCUACGAAAGGAAACGGAAGCGAAGCGAGUGUGAUGAUGGACCGAUUUCCAAAUUGGCCAGAAGCUUUUCCACGGUCGACAAAUCUUCCACUUCCAUGGACCAAAAGCCAAUCGUGCGCUGCCAAAGCGAGAUCAGCAUGCCGCUUAAUCGGACCCAAAAUGGAAACGAGUUGAGCGAAGGUCACAAAAAGAAGCUGCUUUGGGCCGUAAACGGGGCUCUACAAAGCCAGAAUAUCACCAACACCCACCCGCAGUGGAAGAUAUUUGCUUCAGUGUUGAUUCGCGUUACGCGUCGCUUUUAUAACAGCCAAAUGGCCACUUGCGGGCUGGUUGGAGCGAAGUCCGACGUGGGCACAACGGAGCGCAUGCAGCGCAUUGCCCGCUUCCACGUCAUUUCGGUUAUUAAAGGAAAAUCGGUGGAUGAGAUCGUCAACGAACAUCUGAAAAAAAGGGCCCGGGCGCAGAAACCGCAGGGGUACAUUCCGCCGGAGGAUUUUAGAGAGCCAAAACCUAAGGUAGCAUCCGGUGUGAAGGACCACAUACUGCAGGACCGGGCAAAUACCAUAGAAAGUUGGGAAAAGAACCGGCUAGAGCAAACGACCAAACCCUCAAUAACUGCGAAUAAAAUCCAGCGCAUUCGUAAAGUGAUCGACUUUGGAGACGACAGAUAGACCAAUCGUAAGAUCUCAUCUUAGCGUUAUAGGUAAUGUCGCGUGUUUGUUAAUUAAUUUAUUUUGUUUGCCGAAAAUUAUACUUGAUUUCCCAUUGUGAAUAAUGUUAUUCGUGUUAGCGCCGUUUUCUAUAUUGACUAUCCCGGGCACUGGGAAUAGGAGCUACGAACAUUGCAAUAUACAUAGUUUGUUGAAUAAAAGAACCACGCUUUCA